CUACCUUUCAAUCCAAGAUCUGUUGUGAUAUUUAAAACACAAACCCAAAAAUGUCAGAACCCGACCCUUCAUCUGGAUUUGUAGGAAACAUGGAAAAUGGGACUUUCCUGGAGCUGUACCCCACAUCCCUUUCAACUUCAGUGGAUUCAUCGCCUGGCCGUUUAUCCAAUGUCUAUGUCUAUGUUUCUAUAUUCCUUAGUCUCUUAGCUUUUCUCCUUUUGCUAUUGAUCAUUGCACUUCAGAGGCUGAAAAACAUAAUUUCUUCCAGUUCCUCCUACCCAGAAUAUAAUAGUGAUGCUGGAAGUUCUUUCACUAAUUUGGAGGUUUGUAGUAUUUCUUCCCAGCGCUCUGCUCUCUCAAACCUUUCUUCAUGAAAUUAAAUGAAAGGAAACGCACGGGGAAUGGAAGA